UAUGUUGUUGUGACUCUCAGACAGGUUUGUUCUAUCCUGACAUCUGAUCUAACCGUGUUUCUCACGCUAACAAAGCCGCGGGCCUAUAAGAAGCCCCGCGAACCCGGUCUCCUGUGCCGACGGGUCCAGCAGACGCAGCAUGGCUCAGAAGACAGCUCUGAUCGUUUACGCCCACCAGAGUCCGGCUUCGUUCAACGCGGCGGCUCGAGACGUGGCGCUGCAGGAGCUGAAGCUGCAGGGAUACGAGGUCGUCGUGUCUGACCUGUACGCCAUGAACUUCAAAGCCAGUGCCACGCGGGAUGACAUCAUUGGUGAUGUGAGGAACUCUGAGCAUUUCCGGUACGGAGAGGAGACCCUGCACGCCGGGAUGGAGGGCCGUCUCAGCGAAGACAUCGUAGCUGAGCAGCGCAAAGUAACAGAGGCCGAGCUCAUCAUCUUCCAGUUUCCUUUGUACUGGUUCAGUUUUCCUGCCAUCAUGAAGGGCUGGAUAGACAGAGUGCUGUCACAGGGCUUCGCUUUCUCCCUGGAAAAGAUGUACGAUAACGGGAUAUUCAAGGAUAAAAAAGCCAUGAUGUCCUUCACGACCGGAGCAACUCCGACGAUGUUUCAGCCUGACGGCAUCAACGGAGACAUCAACGUCACCCUGUGGCCUCUGCAGAAUGGGAUUCUGCACUUCUGUGGAUUUCAGGUUCUGGCUCCUCAGAUUUUCUGGAGUCCAGCUCACUGUCCCCCAGCUGGACGGGCCGCGAUGCUUGAGGGGUGGCGGACUCGACUCAAAGGACUACUUGCAGAAAAUCCUUUGACCUUUGCCCCCUGUGAGCUCUUUGAUCUCAGCUUUCAGGGAGGAUUCUCACUUCGGCCGGAAGUGAAGGAGGAACUAGCGACGCAACCUCUCGGCAUCUCCACAGGACACCACCUGGGGAAGCCGCUGCCGCCCGACAACCAGACCAGAGCUCCGGCCACAGAGGAAGACGAACAAGGCUGCGGGAAGAAGGCGCGUGCCUCCAUUCGUACAGUGUAAUUCACGUGUGGUUUUAGACACAUUUACUGAAGUUUGAAUAAAACUUUGUAUUAAAGCACUUA